AAAUUAAAAACAACCUAAAUGAUAUUUUAAAUAAAAUCCUAUCAGCGAAAAGGGUAUAUUUGCACCAUUUUGCAAUAUCAGGGGUAUAUUUGCACCAUUUUGUAACGGCAGGAGUAUAUAUAUACCAUUUUGUAACGAGGAAAGAUAUCUGUGCUAAAUCGCAAAGUUAAGAGGUAUAUUUGCAGCUUUGCCAAAAAAAAAAAAAAAAAGAAUAAUAGAGGCAAUUUUUGGAAGUUCACAAAAAAAUGAGAGCUAGCUAUAGGAAAAAGCAAAGAGUAAAUUAAAGGACAUAAAAUCCAAGCAAGUAUAUACAAUGAAAUGAAUCUCAUAAAUCUAAAUACAAUCUGAUCCAGCUGUGCAAUAAUUAUAAUACGAAACUUGCAAAGUGUUGACAGCAUAAAAACCCCUUUUGAAGAUCUCCUUUCUCUGCAGAUACCCUUCCAUUCUACUACAAGAAAUCAAAGCUUUGACAGAAGUUGAGCAAAUUCUUCUGAUUAUUGUGGCGUUUCUUUCUUAGUAAGAGAGAGAUGGGCAGUGGUUAUUUUGGGGAGCCAAACCUAGGAAAUGAAAGAUCAUAUUCAUCAUCAUCAUCAAGAAAAAGCAAGAAGAAUAAUUCUGACAAACCUAAGCAGCCACAAAGAGGUCUUGGUGUUGCUCAACUAGAGAAGAUUAGAUUGCAUACUCAAAUGGGUUGCACUUAUAAUCUUCCUUCUCUUCACAAUUCUUAUGCCACCAAAUUCAACCAGGAGGAUAUCAUGAGACUACAAACACCAUAUUCAUCAACUCCAUCAAUUUCAUAUUCAUCAUCCUCAUCUUCAUCUUAUGGUUUUCCAGCCCAACAAAGCAUUACGAUGAGAUUGGGUGAUAUCGAAAGAGCAAAUAUUAGAUAUGGAGAUUCCCAGCCACCUUCUACUGCAGCUAGUACUUGGUAUCCAAGCGCAGUGUGUGAGCCUCAGCAUUAUGCUCAGCCAAACAUGACUAGAUAUCUGCUUAACCUACCAAUAGAGGACUCAAUGGAGAAGAGGAGAAAGAAGGAGAGAAGUAACUCAAUUGGCUCAAGUAGUCAUAAUAUUGAAUCAAAUGGCAACCAUGAUGAAUUAGAUUUGGAGCUGAGGCUUUCACUUUGAUCUAACAAUGUUCUUCAACAACUCAGUGUAUGGAUUAGCGAUAUCGAUCAUCAUAUUAUAAGCAUAUAACUUUCAAGAUUUAGAGCAACAAUUGGCUUUGUCUUAACAAGAUGUAAAAGUUUAAGCAAUUUAUGGGAAUUUGUUAGUCGCUUCUGAAAUAAUUGAAGGACCCAGUUGACUUUUCGUCAAACAAUGAGAAAAAAUGUUCUUGCACUUGCCUGUGCUACUGUUCCAGUUAAAGGAAGGAUCUAUUACUGAAGAUGACAUUUCAUUAGGGUAUAUAUAUAGAGAGAGCAUACAUUAAACAAUGGUUUUCUAUGUUAUUUCUUUUACUAUCUUUUUUCUAUUUUCUUUUUCCUUUCAUAUACCAUGAGCCCGUUUGGAUUAGCUGAAAAAAAGUGAUUUUUAAGCAUAAGCGCUUAAAGUAUUUUUUAAGUGCUGAAAGUUAUUUUAUAAAUAAGCAGUUACGUGUUUGGAUAAAAGUGCUUAAAGGGUUUUUAGAAGUACGGGUAAUAUUGGAAUUAAUAGAAAAUAUAAGGGAUAAAAGGGUAAAAUUGUUGGUCAAACCAAAAUGACAUUUAAGUCAAAAAACAUAAGUUAGGGUUGAGCAACUUCUUGGUUUUGGCUUAUUUUAAGCACUUUUUAACUUAAUUUAAGCUGUUUUCUAUUUUUGUCAAACAUCCAAAUAAGUUAAAAACGACUUAUAAAUGACCAACUUAUAAGCCAAAUCCAAACGGGCUCUAUAUCUUAGUACUAUUCAUGAUAUUGAAAUGCUUCUAUUCUCGUGAAAAAGAUAUUAAAAAAAAAAAAAAAAACUAUUCUUGAGUAGUUUUCAACUUUACAAAAGAAGAAGAACAUAAAAAUGAGCUUGAUAAACAUAAAAAUGAGCUUGAUAAAAUAUAGAAUUGGUGCAAUGUGAACGUCAAAUGUUUUCCCAUGAGGUAAAA